CGAAAAUACAACAAGGAAGUGACCGUUUGUUGAGAAGCCAAAUAACCACCGGACCAACCGUCUCCUCGCACCGGGGGUCGCCUCGCUCGGUUGUUGGGUGUCCGCGGGGUGGGUGAAGUCACCGUGGACUCGCCCGAGAGCCCGUUUCUGACCGUCUCCAGGGAUUCAGCUUGUAGCCAGCUAGCUAGCUAGCGAUGAACACGGACGUGGAAUUUCACAUCAGGCAGAAUUAUCCGUGGAACAAGCUCCCCGCUAAUGUCAAGCAGAGUUUGGGGAACUCCCAGCGCGAGUAUGAGAAGCAUGUGCUCCUGUACAGCAUCCGCAACCAGCUGCGAUUCCGCAAUAACCUAGUGCGCCACGUGAGGAAAGAUGAGCGCAAGUAUUACGAGGAGCUCCUGAAGUACAGUCGGGACCACCUGAUGCUGUACCCCUACCACCUGUCCGACAUCAUGGUCAAAGGGCUACGGGUCACUCCGUUCUCAUAUUACAUAGGAAUCAUGGAGGAUAUUAUGAACAGUGAGAAGAGUUACGACUCCUUGCCCAACUUCACUGCUGCUGACUGUCUGAGGCUGCUCGGCAUUGGAAGAAACCAGUACAUUGACCUGAUGAACCAGUGCAGGUCCUCUAAAAAAUUCUUCCGCAGGAAAUCAGCACGAGACCUGCUACCAGCCAAACCAGUGGAGAUCUCUGUGGAGCCGUGGUGGGUGGCACAGACGGGCUACAUCACCGAGGAUGACAUAAGGAUUUGUUCUCCAGCCGAGAAGAAAGCCAUUGAUAAGAUGAUUGAUUCUGGUCCUCAGCUGGCUGGAUCAAUGGAGUACAAUGUGGUCUUAAGCUUGUACAAUCGAGGAUUCAUCUACUUGGAUGUUCCCAUAUCUGACGACAGCUGCAUCUCAGUGCCCCCACUGGAAGGCUUUGUCAUGAACCGCGUCCAGGGUGAUUACUUUGAAACGCUUCUCUACAAAAUCUUUGUGUCCAUUGAUGAGCAGACAAACGUAGCGGAGCUGGCGAAUGUGUUGGAGAUUGACUUGGACUUGGUGAAGAAUGCUGUUUCCAUGUACUGUCGCCUUGGCUUCGCUGUGAAGAAGGGGCAGGUGUUCAGCUCAGAGCAGCUCCACCCUACCUGGAAGAACGCCCCAUCUGUCAACAGACUCAAGAGCACCAUGGACCCCCAGAAGAUGCUGCUGUCCUGGGAGCAGGGCAGUCCUGUCAUGGAGGGAGGCUCCUCAGCCACCGACACCGACACCACCAGCCUGGAAGACCAAGCAGACACAGCAAGUGUUAGCAGCCUGAGCAUCCCAGUUGCACCCACCAAGAGGAUUGCCUUCCUCUUUGACUCCACCCUCACAGCCUUCCUCAUGAUGGGCAACCUGUCUCCGAACCUGAAGAGUCAUGCGGUGACCAUGUUCGAGGUGGGUAAGCUGUCUGACGAGACCCUCGACAGCUUCCUGGCUGAGUUGGAGAAGGUGGAGAGCACAGCAGAAGGCGAGGCUCAGCGUUACUUUGACCACGCUCUGACCCUGAAGAACACCAUUCUCUUCCUGCGCUACAACAAAGAACUCACUCAGGACCAGGGACCUGAUAUCCCAAACAUAGGUUUCCCUUUGGACAUGUUGCGCUGCGAGAGCCUGCUGGGUCUGGAUCAGGCCACCUGCAGCCGCGUCCUCAACAAGAACUACAAGCUGCUGGUCUCAAUGGCGCCACUCAGCAACGAGAUCAGACCCAUCAGCAGCUGUACGCCUCAGCACAUUGGCCCAGCCAUCCCUGAGGUGAGCUCCAUCUGGUUCAAGCUGUACCUGUAUCACGUGACUGGCCAAGGCCCGCCAUCUCUGCUGCUUUCCAAAGGCUCCAGGCUCCGCAAACUGCCAGACAUUUUCCAGGUCUAUGACAGGUUGUUGAUCACUUCCUGGGGUCACGAUCCCGGAGUCGUCCCUACGUCCAACGUGCUGACGAUGCUGAACGAUGCCCUCACACACUCUGCUGUUCUCAUCCAGGGCCAUGGUAUGCACGGUCAUGGAGAAACUGUUCACAUCCCAUUCCCUUUUGAUGAGGAGGAUCUGAAGGGAGAGUUUUCCUACUCCAACAUGUGUGUGCACAAGGCGCUGCAGAAGCUGAAGGAGCAGGUGGACCUGGAGCACCAGUGCGGCUACGUCACCAUGCUGAACUCCAACAACAGGCACCGUCGCAGGACAAGCGACACGACCGAGUGCAGAGGAGACACCCAUCUAGGUGGAGGCCUGGACACCAACGGCAGCACUGAGUCGUUUGAGCUUGUGACAGAGGAGAACAAUGGGGAAAGCAAAGGAAAGACAGACACCCUUUCAUGUGAAGAUGAGUGGGUCCCUCUUGAACUGUGCUUUGGCAUGCCCCUCUUCAGUUCCGAGCUUAACCGCAAAGUGUGUCGAAAGAUCGCCUCGCACAAACUGUGCAGCAACGAGAGCCUUCAAGAGCUACUUCACUCAAGCCGAAAGCUAUCGCUCAAAGUGUUGAGCUUCGUUCAGUCAUUCCAGGACGGCAUCCAGCCCUCCGACCUGGACAGCGGCGUGUCGAACCCUCUCAGUCAGCCCCCGGCGGAGUCCGGUGUCCCCCUGCCCGCCCUCAAUCUCCUCUUCAAGGACGGGCAGCUGAGGGAAUGGAGCGGGCGGGCCCCUCCUCCUCUGGACAUCUCAGCCCUGCAGAAAGACCAACCCACAUAAACCACCACCACCACCACCAAAACUUCCAGAUUUACGCACGAGGAAGCAGCGUCUCCACGUUUUAAAGGACCCACCCUCUUUUGCAGCGUCACGUUUCACUGAGGGAAUUUCUUGUCUGCGGUCCGGUCCUGCAUCUUCAUAAACGGUCACAAGGAAACGCCCUCGUUCAUGAUUCCACCUUCUUUGUCCGUCAGCAUCCAGUCACGGGAAGAUUAAGGCCCGUCAGCACUUUGUCAUUUACCUACUGUAUGAGGAAUCAUCCUUGCAAACACUAGUACCCCAUUUUGCUGUUUCUCCCUCCUUUCUGUGAUUCCUCGUAUUCGUAGCAACGCAGUGUUAUCUGUUGGAGUGGUGCUAUUAUCACGAUAUAUAACAGUGAUGCAGGUAAACAGCAUUGAACCUGGAAAACGAUUUAACUGGAAACAUGAGCGUUGUUUUCCACCGACUCCCCCCCUUCCCUCACCCGCACCCUCACCCUCCAAUCGAUGGAUGUUUUGUGAUCCUUGAGAGCAGAGUGUAAAGUGGUUGAUAUUGUAUAGAUGUUCUAAAACUGACCCGCAAAAUAAACAUUGAAGUGUUGAACAGACUUCUUCAGGAAUCAUUUGACAAUAUGCAUAUUCUAGGACCAAGUCUUUGGACUUCCCAGGUUCAGUUCUAACACAAACCCCUCCCUCCCCCCUCCCUCCCCACCCCCACCCCGCUGCCUCCCUGUGUCGUCUCAUGUUCAGUGAUCCAAUGCAUGAUACUGUUGCACAACUCGUACCAUAAAAAUACUUUUCCUCUUUACUUGUAAUCAAUAUCGGGGGGGCAUUUAUUAUUUGCACUGUGCAGGAUUUCUCCGAACUUGUGGAUGAAGUGACGUCAUGUAAUGUUUUUUUAAAAUGUUGGAUCAUUUCAAAUGCGCACAUGAUGUUAGAGCUCACGUUUACCAGGAGGAAGUGUUUAAUUAUGGAAACUUAGACAGGUUCAAAAUGGACAGGGCAUCUUGAGAAACUGCUGUUGUUGUUUUUAUCAUUUGUUAUCAUCAUUCUUUCUCAGCAGAAAACACCAAAGACCAUUUUCUUUUUCUCUUUAUAAUGACUUUUUAAACUUCUUUUUACUGUUCUUUUUUAAUUUCAAUGCCUUAUUAUCGUCAGCCAAUCAUAAACAACCAGGCCUGGGAUCUAAUCUGCACAUUAGAUUUGCUUCAUUUUAGAUUUUUUUUUUUCUUCCUUUUUUUUUUGAAGAAGCAAAAAGUUUUGCAAGUUUUUCGUGAUGUCUGUGCAUUUGAUUGAGUGCAUAAAACUAAUAAAACACUGCGUCACAAAUGAGCCACCGCCAUCCCUGUUCAAGGAUUCGAUAAGAUCAGCAAAGCGUAUCGAACUGAAUAGAACGGGAACAGUUAGAUCUUCGUUUGACCCAACUCUGUAGCCGCCGCUGCUGCCUGCCAGUAUCUCUCUCUGGAUCGACUCCAGCUUGUGUGCAGUGCAGUGCACUCUUGGCCAGCCCACCACACUCUCCAAGGGAUUCUGCUUACACUAUGUUUUGAAAAAAAUGGGGUUUGUAGUCUAGAGAGAAGGCAACUUUGCUGUGAAGGCUGUCGCAGACCCAGGGGAUGGAAAUGCUAAUGCUUUGCCCAGCUUCUCAGAGUGUGAUGGCCCAAAAAGUGUCUGAAGCCUGUCAUGAAUUUUCAGCGUGGCUCCGAGAAUAUAGAGUGCUUUUUAUUGCAUUUAAAAUGGAAACCCACUUUGUAGAGAUUUUUUUUUUUUUUUUUUUGAAGGAAUCUAUCUUCUGCAGUUUUUGACCCACUUGUGGUAGUUGUUUCUAAUAACGUGAUGCUGAAAUAGAAAAAAAAAAAAAAAAGACUAACAUGAGGUCCCGUUAAAGCAUGAUGACUGUGUAGAAACUGUUGUGUGUAUGUUGUGUAUGCGUGUGUAUUGUACACCUCACCGGUGUGUUUUCAUACACGCCUACCUUUCACAAUAAGAGUUCUCUCCCGAUCCUGCCUGUGUGUUAUCUAAUUGCAGUUACUCAGUCAUCCCCCCCCAAUCCUUCCCCAGGUAUACAUCCACCACAGUGUUUAAAAUGCUAGUUUUAUAUGUCAGCCUAUAUUUUAGAAGAUCUUUGUUGUAGCUUGUUUGAUGGGACUGUGAAUAUCAUUGACUGAAUUAAUAAUGAUGACGCUCUUGUAAUUAAAUGGGUUAAAAAAAAAAA